AACCACGUUAGUGUGGCGGUCGUCGCGUGUAAGUUUGGCAAUACAAAAACGCGGUCUCCCUAAAAUCACCACCAACAUCAAACCGGUAACUGAGAAAAGGGAUGGGGAAUGUUAACUGCGUAUUCUGUGGAUGCAUAGAACAGGCGAGCGUCGGUGUGGUGGAAAAAUGGGGACGUUUUUAUAGGUUAGCAGAACCAGGACUCAAUUUUUGGAAUCCCUUGGCUGGUGAAUGCCUCUCUGGAAUUCUCUCCACAAGGAUCAAUUCUCUCGAUGUCAAAAUUGAGACCAAAACCAAGGACAAUGUCUUUGUUCAAUUGCUGUGCUCGAUCCAAUAUCGAGUGAUCAGACAAAAUGCUGAUGAUGCUUUCUAUGAGUUGCAAAAUCCAACGGAGCAAAUUCAGGCUUAUGUAUUUGAUGUUGUUCGAGCCCAUGUCCCCAAAAUGAAUUUGGACGAGCUUUUUGAGCAAAAGGAUGAAGUUGCUAAGGCUGUCUUGGAGGAACUUGAGAAGGUGAUGGGUGCGUAUGGAUAUAAUAUCGAGCACAUACUGAUGGUUGACAUUAUUCCUGAUGCUUCUGUGAGAAGAGCAAUGAACGAGAUAAAUGCAGCUCAAAGGAUGCAGCUUGCUAGUGUAUACAAAGGAGAAGCAGAUAAGAUUCUCCAAGUUAAGAAAGCAGAAGCUGAGGCUGAAGCCAAGUAUUUAGGUGGGGUUGGGGUUGCCAGGCAGAGGCAGGCAAUUACUGAUGGUUUGAGAGAGAACAUCUUGAACUUCUCGCAUAAAGUAGAAGGGGCCUCCGCUAAAGAAGUGAUGGAUCUAAUAAUGAUCACCCAGUAUUUUGACACCAUCAAAGACCUUGGAAACUCUUCAAAGAACACUACCGUUUUCAUACCACAUGGUCCUGGCCAUGUUCGUGACAUUGGUGACCAGAUACGCAACGGCCUGAUGGAGGCAGCUAGUGCACAGGUCACUGAAUAGGUGUGCUGGUCUGCAAAAUAUACUGUGAGAAGCAUCUCCCUACCUAUGUCUGGACAGAAGGUUACACGAUAAGAACAAUCUGAGUUUGAUAGUUUUGGCUUGGAUUGCUUUUGUUUUCUCUUUAGCCAUGAGCAUUGGCAACGUUGUUUAUGCUGUAUAGCAAAAUAAAAUAACGAAGUUUUAAAUAGAAAAGCGAGGAGUACCAGAAAAUCUGUAUAUGCACUUUCAGGUGCUAUAGCGACUAGUGAUUACAUUUGUUAAGUGGAUGGAGAUCUAAAAAUAUGUUGAUAGGUAUAUUGACCUUGUCAUCAUUGUGUAUGGACUGCAUAUGAGAAUCUAUAUUUGUUUCGGGUUCAUCUCA